GCUGAUCUGAGGCAGGUUUCAGUCUCAACACUUUUUGUCCAGUUCUACGGUGUGAAGACUCAUAAAUAGCAUUUCCUGAGCUGAAGGUUGAACUUUGAUCAGCUGAAAUCCCCCAGUGGUGGACUGAAGAGCACAAAGACAUGAAGGAGCAUGUGAUGAAAAUUGUGAUCAUCGGCGACGCGGCAGUAGGGAAGACGUCUUUUGUACAUCGAUACGUCAACGGACAGUUCAGCCAGACAUACCUGCCGACAAUGGGAGUGGAUUUUUCUGUGAAAGUGCUGCGGUGGUCAGAGAAAGAGACAGUCAGACUGCAUAUCUGGGACAUUGCAGGCCAGGAGCGUUUCGUCUCCAUGACCAGGGUCUACUACAAAGGGGCUCUGGGCUGCGUUGUGAUGUUUGACGUCACCAAAUUGUCCAGCUUCCUGAAGUGUCACCACUGGAAACAGGACCUGGAUAACAAGGUGAUGCUGCCCAGCGGAGCUCCCAUCCCCUGCAUCCUGCUGGCCAACAAGUGUGACCUUCCUGAGCGGGUGGUGACAGCAGACAGCAUCGCCGAGUUCAGCAAGAACAACGGCUUCUUCACCUGGAUGGAGACCUCAGUCAGAGACAACAGGAACGUUGAUGAAGCCAUGAGGAGGUUGGUGCAGGAGAUCCUGUCGGUCCAGUCCAGUGAGGACCAGACACUGUCCAGCCUGGAAGACAGCGUCGAUCUUCAGUCUCGCAAAGCCACAAAGCGAAAAAACUGCUGCUGACGACUUCCUGAUGACUCCAGUUCAGUGGUUCCAGCAGCUCUCCGCCUCAUCGUGCCUCCAUCUGUGUGGCUGUUCUGAUCGUUCUGCACUCUCGGUCAUUCUUGUUAUUUUGCUCCUGCUGGCGCUGACUGAAACACCGCUGCAUGCUACUGCGUUUAAUAUGUUUUCACAUCUUUUAAAUGAAAAAUCAUUUCAAUGCAGUGGUUCUAGGGUACUUGUACAUAAAUUAUUUUUUGCCUUUUUUUGUAAAAACAUAUUUUAAAACACAUCAGUCACAGACCAUCCUUCUGAUUUACAGCAAGCGCAAAUAGGAACUUAUUUCCAUUUGACACAAGAUAAAUGUCAAAAUAUCACAUCAUUGAAAGUUUAACCAGCAUGGCCACAGUAAUUUUGGUUGGUUAGUAUUAGUUUUCAACAUUUACAAGUAAAAAACAACACAAAAAAAAUUUUCAUCAGCAAAUAACAUGUAGAGCAGUGUUGUUUAGGAAGUAUUUUGCUUUGCUGAGGACUGAAAUACUUCUGGAUAUUUUGGAUUGAACAUGUUUGAUGUGACUUUUCCAACAGAUCUUUUCAUUGAUUUUCAUCCCAGAAACUUUUUUCUAUAACUCUCUCGACCUUUACACCUUCUGUGGUAACUUUUAGAUUCAGGACUCCCCUUAUGACUUCCAAACAGCAGAGUUUUUUUUAUCUAAAUUUAGUGAUCAUGCAGUUGAAUCAAACCACUUUCUUUAAUUUCUUCAGUUCCAAAUUCUUUUGCUCUGUGAGCUGCUCUGAACUCUCCUCUGGACAGAAAAUAUGAGUCAUCAGCAAACAAGAUCAGUUGCAGUGUGAAGAAAACAAAACUCUUUAUUCCAAAACAUUGACAUGUCAAUAAUGAAUUAAGAGUAUGAAUGAUUCAAGAUGAAUAAAUUGUUUUGGGGUCAAUAUUGACCCCUGAUGGACACCACAAGCAAUGUCCAAUAAUGAAGCUGAAAAUCUCCCAUCUUCACAAACUGCUGUCUGUUGCUCUAAAGCCGCGUUCAACGUCUCACGUUUUGGCUUCGAAAAACAGCAAAAGUUGAACGCGGGUCAAUUUUGAGGUCCGACGCUGAACAACGCCGGGCUGAGGACACGCAGCAUGUUGACGCAGCGAGUCUGUGGUGGGAAGGAGGGGCUUCCGGCCUUAUUUCCUGUGUUUGCUUCGCAUCACGGCUUGAACGAGUGGUAUUUGCUUAAUAAACUCCAACUACAUUUCUUUGUUUCUGUGGAUUUGCUGAUUUUUAAUGGCAGUGAUGUGGAUCUUUGUGAUCAGUCGAUAAAUGUAUCGAAUCUGGGAAUGGAAAUUUUUCUACGAUUUUGAAAAAUUAUGGGAGGAAAGAAACAGACGAAACACAGUUGCUGAUUUGGUGUCUGUCUCCAGUUUUCUUUGAUGGAAUUAGUUUACAGUUUUCAUUUCCAAUUGUAACUACUUCCUGGUCAAUUAUAAGAGUCCACGCUUCUUACUGAUGAAACAUAGAAUUUAUUCUUGUGAACGCUGAUGAACAUCUUCAUUUAACACCGUGAAAACUAAAAUGAAGAGAUAAAAAUCUCAAUUAAUAUAUUUUCAUGACAUAAAUCAGUCUCUGUAGUCAAUCAAAUACACUUCAUUCAAAACAAUAUUUCUAUGUGACAUUUCAAUCUAACAUCUCAAGUUGGAAACACACAUUAGUAACAGAAUCAAAUCAGUUCAAGCUUUUCAUGUAAAUAACAUAAAUCAACUUAAACAAUCUUUACA